AUGACUUUAAAUUCUACUGGUGAUGCUAGGAAAAAAUUCUCACCAGAAGAUGUUCAUGAUGGGUCAUCUUCUGUUUCCACUAAUGUUGCAGAACUUUCUAACAACAAUAAUGAAAAUAAUGAAUUUGAACAAUUAACUCCUGAACAGCAACGAGAAUUGGAAGAAGAACUUCCAGCGAUUGAACAAGAAUUAACUGAUAGUGAAGAAGAAGAUGAAUUUAUUCGUCGAUUUGGAGACAUUGAAUUCCAAUAUAUUAAACCACCAAAACAAAGUGUUUGGUUUAGACGUCCUCAUGCGUUAAAUUAUUUUAAAGAUGGAGUUUUAUACCGAACUAAAGGUGAAAGAACUUCGAGUAAAACAGAAUUAUUUUUGGAUUUGUUAUAUGUUGGGAUAAUUGCUAAUUUAGCUGGUGAAGCAAGUGAAGAAGCUAGUGGCAAGGCAUUAUUGAAAUAUGUUUUGUUAUUUUUACCAACGUGGGUGGUUUGGGCUGAUAUUAAAGAUUUUACCAAUUAUUAUUAUAAUGAAGAUUUAUCACAAAAAGUGUAUAUUUUUUGGAUUCUUGCUUUAUUGACUUUAUAUAUUAAUAGUCAUUAUGCAUUGUUGAAUAGUGAAGAUGGAGCAGCAUUAACUAUUGUUCCAUAUAUUUUAUGUCGAUUAUCUUUGGCAGCAAGUUAUUUCACUUAUUCAUUUUUCAUUCCGGAACAUAGAGCCCAAUCAAGAUUAUACUCAGCUAUGGUAUUGGUGACUUCUUUAUGUUGGAUUGCUGUUAUAUUUGUUCCAACAAGAGUGAAAAUUGGUCUUGCCUUUGCCUUUUUAUUUUUAGAACAAGUUUGCUUCUCUAUUGCUUAUCAUCCUUGGACGAAAAAAAUGAUGAAUUUAACAACUUCUACAGCAUUGAACAUUGAACAUGAAGUUGAAAGAUUUUCUGUAUUUGUUACUAUUGCUAUUGGUGAAUUUUUAUAUAAAGUUGUUGCUCCAGGAGAUUUGGGAAUUGGAUUCAGUGCCAAAUUCGCUCGAGGGAUUUUCUUAUUGGCCAAUGCCUAUAUAUUGUUUUGGAUUUAUCAAUAUGGAUCAACCUCAAACAAGGCAAUUCAUCCUUUACGUAAUAGUGGAUGGACUGCUAUUAUGUGGAUAUAUUCACACGUUCCUUUGAUUGCAGCUUUGGUGUUGGCAGCAGAUGCAGGUGGUGAUUUGGCUAGUUUAGAUAAUACCAGUACUGCUAAGCAUCAUUUAAUUCCUGAACAUAACAAGUCCGUGAUAUUUUUUGGGAAAGAAGGAGUGUUAUCAGAAGUUGGUGGCGGAGGAGGAGGAGGAGAAGAAGAAGAGAAGAAUAUGUAUGCUUUAUCAUUUUUUUAUACUGGAGGAAUCAGUGUUUCGUUGGUUUGUAUGUUUAUUUUAGGAUUAGUGGAAGUAAGCAGAGAUCCACCAAAUUUAUUUAUUCUUCCUAAGAAUUUAAGAAUUGCAUUAAGAUUACCCAUUGCAAUUAUUAUUGUUCUUCUUAGUUUGGCGGAAUUAAAUACAACUUUAUUGAUGGGAUUAGUGACUAUGUUAUUGGGAAUUUUGUUAAUAUAUGAAAGUGUUCUUGGAACUCCUAGAUCAUGUUUAUUUGAUUCAACAAGACCUAAGAACAAUACAAAUACCAAUUAG